UCUACUGUUUGAAGCUUCUGCCCCAAGCUUGCAUUGUUUGUAGGAGAACCUGCAUCAUACCUUUAUCUGUAGCCUUCCCUUAGGUCUUAAGGAUCCUGAAACCUAACUGGACAUUGGAUUUGGUGGAACAGCAACCAUGCUUUUCUUAUUCCUUUCAGACUGUUGGAAAGAGCAGCAAGAUGCUGCAGCACAUUGACUAUAGAAUGAGAUGUAUCUUGCAAGAUGGCCGAAUCUUCAUUGGCACCUUUAAGGCUUUUGACAAGCAUAUGAACUUGAUCCUCUGCGAUUGUGAUGAAUUCAGGAAGAUCAAGCCAAAGAAUGCGAAGCAGCCAGAGCGUGAAGAAAAGCGUGUUUUGGGUCUCGUGUUACUACGUGGAGAGAACUUGGUUUCCAUGACUGUGGAAGGACCACCCCCCAAAGAUACUGGCAUUGCUCGAGUACCACUUGCUGGAGCUGCAGGAGGUCCUGGGGUUGGGAGGGCAGCUGGCAGAGGAGUUCCAGCUGGUGUUCCAAUUCCCCAGGCUCCUGCUGGAUUAGCAGGCCCUGUCCGAGGGGUUGGGGGACCAUCCCAACAGGUAAUGACUCCACAGGGAAGAGGAACUGUAGCAGCGGCUGCAGUUGCUGCUACUGCCAGCAUUGCUGGGGCCCCAACUCAAUACCCACCAGGACGGGGGACCCCACCCACUCCUGUAGGGCGAGCAACACCACCUCCAGGCAUUAUGGCUCCUCCACCUGGUAUGAGACCACCUAUGGGCCCACCAAUUGGGCUUCCGCCUGCUCGAGGGACGCCUAUAGGCAUGCCCCCUCCAGGAAUGAGACCCCCUCCACCAGGAAUUAGAGGUCCACCUCCCCCAGGAAUGCGUCCACCAAGACCCUAGGAUACUGUUGAUCCUUCUUAAGUCCAUUUUUUCCCUGCUAUGUGUCUUGUGAAACUGUGUGAUUGUUUGUGAGCUUUUGUUCCCUCCUUGAUGAAUUAAUAUUAGCUAAUAAAUGCACAAAGCAAUUAAACUGCAA